CCCUUGCACAAUAUCCUCGCAGAUCGAGUUGACUGAGGCCAUCAGACUGUAUGACUUGAACAAGGACUCUGAGAUCACCCUCCAUGUAUUCCCCAAUGUUCCGGAGAGGCCAGGAAUGCCAUGUGCUGGGGAAGACCGAAACAUGUACCGACGUGGAGCUCGGCGAUGGAGGAAGCUGUACAGAGUUAACGGCCACCUCUUCCAGCCCAAACGCUUCUCCAGGAAGGCGUUUUGCUCAUUCUGUACAGACCGGAUCUGGGGGCUGGGUCGUCAAGGUUUCAAGUGUAUCCAGUGUAAACUCCUCGUGCAUAAACGCUGCCACAAACUUGUAAAGAAAGCGUGUGGUGGGCCAGUGGAGCCGUUACAGGGCCCAGCAUACGACAGUGACAAGAGUAACAGCGGUGCUGGCAGCGGCAUUGAAGAGAACGGCAACUCCCAUCAGAACAAUGUCUCAGUUUCAGGAGCAGCCUCUAACACUGUAUCCUACGAGCCAGGCAAGGAGGAGGAGGAAGAAACACCUGCUUUUACUGAGACUGUGCAAGUUGAUACAUCACCAGGUGAUGAUGGCAAGCAAAUGACAAUGGAUGAGUUCCAGUUGCUCCGUGUGAUUGGAAGGGGGAGUUACGCCAAAGUGCUGCAGGUGGAACACAAGAGGAGCAAACGUAUCUACGCCAUGAAGGUCAUAAAGAAGGAGUUGGUCAAUGAUGAUGAGGAUAUCGACUGGGUUCAGACAGAGAAACACGUGUUUGAAACUGCCACAAACUACCCCUUCCUUGUAGGACUUCAUUCCUGCUUCCAGUCUCCCAGCAGGCUGUUCUUUGUGAUAGAGUUUGUCAAUGGCGGUGACCUCAUGUUCCACAUGCAAAGACAGCGCCGUCUGCCAGAAGAACAUGCCAGGUUCUAUGGCGCCGAGAUCUGUCUGGCACUGAACUACUUACAUGAGAGAGGGAUAGUGUACCGAGAUCUGAAGCUGGACAAUGUGCUGCUAGAUGCUGAAGGCCACAUCAAACUGACUGACUACGGCAUGUGCAAGGAAGGAUUGUGGCCGGGUGACCGGACUAACACAUUCUGCGGAACUCCAAACUACAUAGCACCGGAGGUUCUACGGGGAGAGGAUUACGAUUUCAGUGUAGAUUGGUGGGCUCUAGGAGUCUUGAUGUUUGAGAUGUUAGCAGGACGAUCGCCAUUUGAUGUUGUCGGUAAUGCUGACAACCCUGACCAGAAUACAGAGGACUACUUAUUCCAGAUUAUUCUUGAGAAGACAAUCAGAAUCCCUCGCUCCCUGUCAGUGAAGGCUGCAUCUGUCCUGAAGGGAUUCCUUAACAAGAGCCCAAAGGAACGGCUCGGGUGCCACCCCCAGACCGGGUUUGCAGACAUCCAGUCUCAUCCAUUCUUCCGUUCCAUUGACUGGGACAUGAUGGAAAGGAAGCAGAUUGCUCCCCCGUACAAACCUGUCAUCAAGUCGGACCGGGACCUGGAACACUUCGACCCUGCCUUCACCAACGAGCCUGUUCAACUCACACCCGAUGACCCAAAAGUGAUUGACAAGAUUGAUCAAUCGGAGUUUGACGGCUUUGAGUAUGUGAAUCCAUUGUUGAUGUCUAUGGAGGACUGUGUGUAGACUAGGUGGCGCUGUCAUAUAUACCGAGCAUUCCGAUUGGAUGUUGAAGCUGCUUCCUAGUGGUUGAUGUAAAGGCUGUGUGUGGAUAAUCCUGGAGGAAUUUGAUGUACUGCUUUGAGAAGAAACUUUAUUAAGUGUGAUCAAUGCGAUAUCAAGUGUUGUAAAUGUCGUGUUGAGAAUCUAUGAACAGGAUAUCUGGUGUCAUCAUUGUGAUAUUGAUGCUCUCAUUAUAAUAACAGUAUGUAUCACCAUUUAGACUUACAGGUGAUAUGGGUACAAUAACUUGAUAUCAGGAUGACAACAGUUAAACACUGAUAACAUGAUAUCAAUUGCCAUCAAAUAAUAUCAGGUUGAUGUGUAUCACUGAGAUGUGGCAAUGAUAUCAUUUACAGAUUGUAUCAUUAACAUGGCGUUACCAUGAUGUUAACAUACUUUUGGAGCCAUGUCAAACAGCGAUCAAGACAUCAACAUGAUGUGAUAUCAGCUUCUAUUUGCGUGAUAUCACCAGCCCCUACUGAUGACCUGAACAAGUUAUUUCCUACCACAAUGGCGCACAAUAACAUUUCACUGAAACUGUAGUGUUUGCGACGUACAUGGAGAGGCAAGCAGCCUGUUAUGUUGCUGUGUCAUUGAAAAAAAUGUCUUGCAGUGCAAUUCUUUACACUGUAUAUGUAGCUUUUGUGGCUUUAAGCUACAUAUACAAUCAUUCACAAAUCACCCACUUUGUAAUUAUAUUUGUUUAUCCAAUCCUUCGAGUCUCUGAACAAGGUGAAAGGACUACAUGAAGACAACAAACUGAUGCAUUAUAUCAUUAGAUUUUCAGUUAAAUUUCAGAAUGAAUAUGUUAUACAAAGCUAGAUUUUGCAACUUUCUUAGAUGAAAGAUAUGUAUAUGUACAAAUAUAUGAAAUAUUUAAUUCAGGGGGAUGGAAAUCAUUUGUAGUAUUCUUGGUUACCUUUUAUUAAAACCAUUUCUCAAACCAAA